AUGGUCUAUGGAUGCUGUGGGAUUGCCCCUGCCCUCAAGCUGCCACUUUGCUCUCUCCACAGCUGUCUGUCCUGCGUGAACGGCUCCUUCCCCUGCCACUGGUGCAAGUACCGCCACAUCUGCACCCACAACGCUGCCGACUGCUCCUUCCUGGAGGGACGUGUCAAGCUUUCUGAGGACUGCCCCCAGAUCCUGCCCUCCACGCAGAUCUACAUCCCCGUGGGCGUGGUGAAACCCAUCACCCUGACGGCCAAGAACCUGCCCCAGCCGCAGUCGGGCCAGCGCAACUACGAGUGCAUCUUCCACAUCCCGGGCAGCACCACCCGCGUCACCGCCCUGCGCUUCAACAGCACCAGCAUCCAGUGCCAGAACACCUCGUAUUUCUACGAAGGGAACGACAUCAGUGACCUGCCGGUCAACCUGUCCGUGGUCUGGAACGGGAACUUCGUCAUCGACAACCCCCAGAACAUCCAGGCCCACCUGUACAAGUGCUCGGCGCUGCGGGAGAGCUGCGGGCUGUGCCUGAAGGCCGACCCGCGCUUCGAGUGCGGCUGGUGCGUGGCGGAACGGCGCUGCUCGCUGCGGCAGCACUGCCUGGCCUAUGAGAGCAGCUGGAUGCACGCCUCCAGCGGCAACAGCCGCUGCACCGACCCCAAGAUCACCAAGCUGUCACCAGAGACCGGCCCCAGGCAAGGAGGGACCCGUCUGACCAUCACCGGAGAGAACCUGGGCCUGAAGUUUGAUGAUGUUCGCUGGGGCGUUCGGGUCGGCAAAGUGAUGUGCAUCCCCAUCGAGAGCGAGUACAUCAGCGCUGAGCAGAUCGUGUGUGAAAUCGGAGAUGCCAGCCUGGGCAAGGUGCACGAGGCGCGGGUGGAGGUGUGCAUCCGCGACUGCUCGCCCAGCUACCGUGCCACGUCCCCCAAGAGCUUCACCUUCGUGACGCCCACUUUCUCCCGCGUGGUCCCAGCCCGGGGCCCCCUCUCUGGUGGCACCUGGAUCGCCAUCGAGGGCAGCCACCUCAACGCCGGCAGCAACGUCUCCGUGACCAUCGGGGGACGGCCAUGCACUUUCUCGUGGAGAAGCGCCCGUGAGAUCCGAUGCAGGACCCCCCCAGGGCACAGCCCCGGUGGCUCCCCCAUCCUCAUCAACAUCAACCGGGCAGAGCUGAGCAACCCGGAGGUGAAGUACAACUACACGGAGGACCCCACCAUCCAGAAGAUUGAUCCCGAGUGGAGCAUCAACAGCGGUGGGACGCUGCUGACCGUGACUGGCACCAACCUGGCCACCAUCAAAGAGCCCAGGAUCCGGGCCAAGUACUGCAGCGCUGAAAGGGAGAAUAACUGCACUGUCUACAACGACACCACCAUGGUGUGCUACGCCCCCUCCAUCGACAACCCUGAGCGCAGCCCUCCCGAGGUCGGAGAUCGCCCAGAUGAGAUUGGCUUCGUCAUGGAUAACGUCCAGGCCCUGCUGAUCGUCAACACCACCAACUUUGUCUACUACCCUGACCCUGUCUUUGAGCCGCUCAGCCCCACGGGGAUGCUGGAGCUGAAGCCCAGCUCUCCCCUUAUCCUCAAGGGCAGGAACCUGCUCCCGCCGGCUGCAGGUAACUCCCGUCUGAAUUACACGGUGCUGAUCGGCGACACUCCCUGCACCCUCACUGUGUCCGAGACCCAGCUCCUCUGUGAGUCCCCCAACCUCACCGGCCAGCACAAAGUCACGAUUAAGGCUGGAGGGUUUGAGUUCUCCCCAGGGACGCUGCAGAUCUACUCGGACAGCCUGCUCACCUUGCCUGCCAUCAUCGGCAUCGGUGGCGGGGGCGGGCUGCUGCUUGGCGGGCUGCUCCUCCUCAUCAUCAUCAUCGUCCUCAUCGCCUACAAGCGCAAGUCCCGGGACGCUGACCGCACUCUGAAACGCCUGCAGCUGCAGAUGGACAACCUGGAGUCCCGGGUGGCCCUGGAGUGCAAAGAGGCCUUCGCUGAGCUGCAGACGGACAUUAACGAGCUGACAAACGACCUGGACGGGGCAGGCAUCCCCUUCCUGGAUUACCGCACCUACGCCAUGCGGGUCCUCUUCCCAGGGAUCGAAGAUCACCCCGUGCUGAAGGAGAUGGAGGUGUG